CACUGUACACAGGCUGUGUGUGUGUGAAGCUACUCGUACUCGUACACUCCACGACUCGGAGAUAUGGAUGGGUCAAAAACGCGCUGUCGAUCGCGAUAUGUUUCCCGUGUAUAAUUGUUAGCGAGCUACAUGUAGCUGCUUGGCUGGAUUGUCAGUGACCGUCGAAAGAAACACAAAGUUCUCCGAAAGAACUUGCAAUAAUUGUCUACCUAUCAAGAUGGCAGGCACUCUACUGACCUGCUGUCUUACGCCAACGGAUAAACAGGCCUUGAAUCACAGCAAAGAUAUCGACAAACAGCUUCAGAGAGAUAAAAAUUACAUUCGAAGAGAAGUGAAGGUGUUGCUCCUCGGUGCAGGCGAGAGUGGGAAAAGCACGUUUUUGAAGCAGAUGAAAAUCAUCCAUGAACAACAAUUUACAGAUCAAGAAGUGAAAGAGUUCCGUAACAUCAUCUAUGGAAAUAUUAUCAAGGGUAUGAAAGUGUUGGCAGAUGCCCGUGACAAGUUGGGUAUACCAUGGGGUGAUUCAGGCAACGAAAAGCAUGCCGAGUUUGUCAUGAGUUUCAACACUCAAGCUGCCCAGCUCGAACCACCUCUGUUUGUCCAAUACGUGCAACCCUGUGUGGAACUGUGGAAAGACAGUGGGAUUCAAAGUGCGUUUGAUAGAAGAAGAGAAUUUCAACUGGCUGACUCUGUUAAGUACUUCUUGGAUGAAAUUGAUCGAGUAGGCAGAAAGGACUACAUACCAAGCCUGACUGAUAUCCUCCACUCUCGUAAGGCCACCAAAGCCUUCCAGGAGCAUGUCAUCGACAUCAGGAAUGUGCCCUUCCGCUUCGUUGACGUCGGCGGCCAGCGCUCGCAACGGCAGAAGUGGUUCCAGUGCUUUGAGAGCGUGACCUCCAUCCUCUUCCUGGCAUCGUCAAGUGAGUUUGAUCAGGUCCUCAUGGAGGACCGCAUCACCAACCGUCUCCUGGAGUCGUGCAACAUCUUUGACACCAUCGUCAACCACAAGUGCUUCGCCAGUAUUUCCAUUAUCCUCUUCCUCAACAAAACGGACUUGCUAGAGGAGAAGAUCAAGCAUGUUAGCAUAAAGGACUACUUCCCCAACUUCCAGGGGGACCCGCACUCGAUGAACGACGUUCAGAAUUUCAUCCUCAAGAUGUUUGACGUAAGGCGCAGGGAACGCGGCAGCAAGGCACUCUUCCACUACUUCACAACGGCCGUGGACACUAACAACAUCAGAUAUGUGUUUCAAGCAGUACGGGACACUAUCCUUCAAGAGAACCUCAAGCGAUUGAUGUUGCAGUGAUGCAAACUCUCCUUUCUUUUCCUAGUGCCUAGUCCCAUAAAUACCCCUCUGUGUUAGCUCGGUGGAGUCCAUCUGGCAAUUUUUAUACCUUCAUUCACAGAGGAGCUUGGAAUUUGUUAUUGUCAAAGAAGAUUGGAACAAGAUUGGAACAAGAUUGGAACAAACAUAAAGUUGUAAAGAAGAUCAGCGCUGAUUGAUCCAUUCUGAGGAUCGCAUCGGCUUUCAGAUCUUUUUGCUCAUUUUUGUUUUGCUGUUAUAUCAAAAUGUAUUAUAUCUUACGAAAAAAAUUUGCAAUUUUCUGUACUGCUUAAUACUAAGUGUCGCAUGUGGGAAACUACAGAUGUUGCUCUCAUGUCAUGUUGGUGACCAGACUCCAAAGAUUGAAAAAUCAUGAUUAAAAUCAUUCAGUGUAUUUGAUUUCAGAGAAAUGUGAUCAAUUAGAUGUAUACUGUACAUGUAUGCUGCAUUUUCAACUGUUUUCAAUUGUAGAAGCUAGACAGGUAGGUUGAAUUGACUCUUGCAUCUGAAGAAAGUCAUUAAAACUUCUGCAGACUAAACGCACAGUAGCAUGCUAUACAUGUAGUUUGUAACAUCAAUGUAUAACAAUGUGUACAGUACAUGUGCAUUAGCUGUCAAUGUAUACCUGCAUGUACCAGCAUUCAUACUCUAGCUAGCCAGGUACAUAAUGUCAAAUGACACAAGUAAGUAUCGUUUUACUAACUCAAUCAAGAUCACAAACUUAUGGCUUUCAACAGAUGACUUUCUAGUAAAAUGACAAGAUGUGAGUUAAAAAGUCAUGUUACACUCCCAAAUUGAGGUCAUGUCUCUCAGCAGAUAACUUUCUAGCGUUCUCAUAUUAGAAUAAGGUUUACAUGUUGUAAUUCCGACCCCUGUACUACAAAAACAUGGCAGCCGGGCCAUUGCAUAUCCUCAUCUGGCUUUGUUGGAAACAUAUCAUGCAUAACAUUGAGUGACAUUCACAUACUGUUAUGGGCAAAUAUUUUUUUCUCCAGGUUCCUUCCUCUUUGCCCCACAAAACAUGUCCAUGUUUGAGCAGUGCUUUAGUGUAUGUACACGUAGGUGCUUAUCCUGUGCAAUUGGUGUAGAAUCUCACAAUUUCAUUAGAAAUGUCAUGAACAUGCCAAUUUAGUGGACGCCCCUGGAGAUAUACGUGUACCCUUGUAAAAAUCAGUCUUUCUAGGUUCUAAUUUGAAUCGACUCCGUCAAACUUGACCUAUAUUUCCUUCCUAAUCUAUAUUGAGAUACAGUUGGCUGAGUGAAAAUGGACUUUCAUUUGAAGAGCUGCGGCAUUACGCCCCCAUCGCACUAACAUUUAGGGAAGCGGAUAUCAGUGUUUCGUUUGAAGCCUGGGGCUGUGAGAUUGAAUAGGAACUGUGUGAAUGUGAGGAAUGGUCUUAAAGGGUAACGUCACUCAAAAACUUGUUUGUCAGAUCAGCUAUGUCAAAAGAUUUGUAUGGUACAUGUAUGGUACUUAUUCAAAAUAAACAUACACUGUAUAUAUACAUGUAAAGUACAUGUAGUUUCCCUAUCGAUCAAUUUCUCAGUAACUGGUAAUACAAGUUUGCAUGCCCAGAGAGAGAGUAUACAAUGUAGUGUACACUGUAUGCCAUAAUUAGCAAUCAAAUCUUUAUAUCCAGUUAUUUGUCAGCUUGGUGUACAUGUAAUUUGACAAAUCAAGUAUAACCAUAUACAGGUAGAUCUUCAUAGUUUUCAGAAAUCAGAUUUGAUAUUUUGGUUUAGAAAAUUGAAUCAAUAGAUUUUGUUUUUUUUCAACUAUCCAAAUUGGCAAAUAAGUUUAAGACUCAAUGAAAGUGCAUUAAGUUUGAACCCAACUGAAAUAUAAACUUUUUUUGUCAAAGUCAGUUGAUUGCAUGACACUGCUAAUCUUCAAUAUAUUUUUAAUUUAUAAGAAAAACAAAUUGUAAUAAUGAUUUUUUAUAUUAUCCUCAAAACCCCAUUAAAAAAAAACUCCUUAGGAUAGCUGUGCAUACUAAAAUAAACAGUAAAAUAUACCACAACAUCAGCAGGACAUAAUUUACACCCACUUAUAUAUAUUUUAUGACGUCAACACACUACAACUCAAGUAUAAUCAUCACAUGUACAUGUAUCAAGGUUUUAGAGAAGUCCUUAAAUACUGACACCGAUACCUAUAUGUCUGUAUAUGAUGCCAAUAAUAUUUAUCAAGGGCAUCCAUAUUGGCUGGUGGGAGCUGGAAAGUAUUCCAUAUUUAGACGGUAGACAUGAACACAAAUUUGCUGGUAAAGGUACGGCCAAGAUCCACUUCACUUCAUUCAAGUAGAGUACAUAUACAUGGUUGAUAGAUUACAAUGCCAUCUUCAUGUACAAUGGGGGAUUUAUGUGGAGCUGUCAAUAAGUGGCUCUUUGAUGAAUGUACAUGUAUGGAAAUAAAAGAUUCUGUUUGAAAUAUUGGGCUGUACAAUAACAGUUACAUUGAUCAUUUGCAUGGACACAUGGGCUGCCAAAAUUUGGGUCAGGACUCGGGACCCCCAAAAUGUUGAAAAUCUUUUCAUAGGGCACAUGCAUCUAAAAAGUCAGAUCUGGACCCCCUGCCAAAAAACGUCCGUGUGGAGCCCUGAGAAUGUGAAGAGAUAUGAAAGGUAUUUCAAAGAUAUUCAAAACUUGAUUUUUUUUUUUUUAAAGUGCAAAGCACAUGUAUGAAUGCCGUUUCAUCAUGAUCUCUGCAGCUUUCCUAAAUUCUUGUAAACUUAAUCAAUGGUUAUUCCCCUCUUUUGGAUGUACGGAUUUUAGUGUGGGUUUUAGUGAGAAACACUGAUCAAAGGAAACAAAAUACCGGUAUAUGGUCUACUCUUUUAUAAAGUUUAUAUAUAGGUGGGUGCUAAAGCAGGGUUGAUUGCAUCGCUACAUUUGGUUUACCGUUUGUCUCUUUCCAGGAGGGAAUUUCCAAAAGUAGUCCAUGAUAAGCUUAAAAGGGGAAAUAAAAUAGACACAGACUAUGAUAAUGUUCUCAGUGUAGCGUACAUACUUAUCCCAUCGUGAUGGUAUUGGUCUGUGUGACAGGAUUUCCUCAUCAUGUGAUGACAGUCGUUAUGAAAACAUAUCUAUCAAGUGCUAGUUUGAAUCACAGCGUUUGACUGGAUCAAUUGAAAUUCCCUUUUUUGAUGGUUAUAGGGAAGUAGGUUAUUUAUAUUCCACAGAGUUGAGCCUUUCACCUCAACAUGAAUGCAUAUUUGUAGGGUAUUUUUUGGUGUGAAUAUACAGUUGUAAUUUCAUUAUACUGACAACAACAAUUUAUACUAAAAGUGGUGUUCUCUUUUGAAAUAUGUAUUGCAUUGGGUAGGGGGGGGGGGGGGAGGUGGACCUGUUUGUAAAGACCACCAGCUAAUGAAGACUGCCAAUCUUCUCUCUUUGGUUUAUUUCUCAGUGAAGCUUGUAGUAAAGGGGACCUGUUUAUAGAGACAACCUGUCAACACAAACUGUUGUUCUUGUUUUUCUUGGAGAGUAUUCCUCGUUCAAACCUACAUGAGGAACCUGUACACUUAUCCAGAGACAAUUAUUCAUGUUCCUAUGGAGUGUUAAUACGGUAAUACCUUUAUACAAAGACCACUAAAGUCAAGGGAGAUGAUAAAAGCGCUCUUUAUAGGCAAGUGGUUCCUCUUAUAGUUUUCAGUCAUACUGAUGUUCUGGUGCACAAGGCAAUCUAAAACUGUAGUCUUUGUAGAAAUAGGUGGUUUUUUGGUACAGAUGGUUGCUGAAACUGGUUUGAUUUUACACGUAUAGGCCUACAAGUUUUUUUUCUUCUGAAUUAAUAUUGCAUGAAUAGGGCCGGGUCUCCUCAGUAUCAAGACAGACACCCACUAAGUAGUGCCAUUCCUCACAGUUCACCACCUCUCUCUCAUGUCUGUCCAGACGGUUUGUCCCCUCUCACUGGGAGGGUGCCGAAGAGUUCCUUCACGUCGGGUUGGAUAUGUCACAGGUAACGAGAUUAGUCUCCUCGUAUCCCCUCACCCCGAGAUGAAAUCAAUGAUCCAGCUAAAUUUGAUUUCUCCUUUCUCUCUCGCUGUCUUAAACAUGGCCCAGAGAUAAUCAUCAUCUUCUCGUAAUGACUCAGCAUUCUGAAACGGAACCGGUGUUCGCUUAAGAUUUGAAAAAUGAAAUGCCACUUUCUUACCUUCCUAGUGGUCGUCCUUAGAGCUCACCUGAGGAUUAAAUGAAAAAUAACUUGCUGAGUUCAGCUUGAGGAGCAUGCUUUCAAAUACCUCUUGAAAGCCAUCACAAAACACAAUAUUUGGAGGAAGCUGUUUGAUGAUUUUGCACCAAGGCAGACAUAGACAUGUGAAAGUACUUUUUCCAGUAGUCAAACUGACUUUUGAUAUUCUCAAAAUCUAUACUGUACAGUUCAUUGUGCAAAUCAUGGUGAAGAUCUUUCUGCUUUCUCAUAAACCAGACAUGUUAGUGUAGAUUGAAACAUGCUUUUAAUUGCUUGUCUAUUGCUUGAUUAUUGCUUGAUUAUUCUAUAAUUCCACAAGAUUUAUUUAUACUUGUUACGGUUCCAUUUUCCCCUAUCAUUUUCAAUGAGUCUAAUGACACAGCCUUUUGAAAUGUUUUCAAGCUCUGCCUUGUUAUCUUGAAUCUUAAAAUAAUAUGUAUUCAAAAGAUUAAUUAUUCUAAAAUUCCAUCCCCCUUUUUUGUCUCCCCUUAGCUUCCUGUGAUAAACAUUAAAUAGAUUCCCCAUAAUCCUUCUAUUCACCCUAAGAAACCUUUUAAUUCUCUUUAAAAUAGGUAUGCACUUUGUGUUAGCACAGUCUCAAAUGCUUCAAUAAGCUCACAAUUGUUUUGUAACACAAGGCCAGGGAAGUUCCAGUUCCUUUGGAAUCCAGUCAAAACAUUCGAUUAAGUUUUUCUUCAUCUUGGAUGAAUAUAAAACACUGGUCUUGCAUAAAAGCAUGUGAUCACUGCAUUGCAGUGGCAUAAUUUCAUGAAGUUAUGACUCACAAAUGCAUAUGUUUUCAAGGUGACAUUGCUCAAAUCAUCACAAAUGAAAUUUGAGUCAAAUCUAGAAAGUAUCACGUCAUCUUUGGUAUACUGCUGUAACUGCUAUAAAAUAGAUAUGUUUAUUCUGCUGCUAUUUUCAAUACAUGACCUCAGAGAGUAUAACAAGCCAAUAAACAUGUGCUGUAUGUUUUCAUAGCCCUGCCCCUUUUUAUAAUUGAACGGCAGAGUUGGGAGUCGAAGCCAGAGGUCAAAGGUCACCACAUGACAUGAGAUCACAAUCUUUCACAUAAGCUGUACAGGGGCUAUUGUUGUGAAUAUUUGUUAUAUUUUGAGUCUCAACCACUUGGACUCGCAAAUCAUAUUUUUGUUGUUGCUGUUUAAAUCUUUCUGUAUAUGUACAUGUAGUAUUUGAGCUGUAAAGAUGUAGAAAUUUGAGCCUACAAUUAUUAAUAUUUUGUACAGCCAACUAUAUAUAUUUUUGCAUAAUGAUUAUUAUAUGAUUCUAGCUGUGGCUGUAGUGUGUAAGUGCGAUAAUGGGUUUUUGCUGAAUUCAAGUACAUUUUGAAAUGUAAAAAAUAUUGGAAGACAAAAAAAGAUAUAUAAUUAAGCUUAGCUUUGUAGACUUUGGCUUCUGUGUGUGGUUUCUUGUCUAUGUACAUUCACUUGAUGGAACAAAGUAGAAUAUUAAAAUUGAAAGAUUUGGGAUUAAUGGAACAAACAAAAAGGAACAAAAGAGCCGCAGUCCAUAGAUCUUUCUUUUUGAUUAGCAAUUCAAAAGAAAUGCCUAGCAGUGAAGCGUGCACAUGAGAGCAGCAAGCAUAUCACCUCUGGAAAGUAAAAUGUAAAAAUAGAAUUUGUGUAAAGAUGAAAAUCUUAAAUAAUUACUCCAGCAUAUCCCAAGAGAGCUCCCUUAAGCAAACAUCUUUUAUGCUCGAUAUUUAUGGGGUUGACACUUAAAUACCAACAAGACUAAAAUUUACUUCAUUGAGCAAUAAUGAGUGUACAUGUAUACAGUUGUGCGUUCUUGAAAAUCAGUGUGAUCAAGUUGUUAUUGGUAAUUAAGUGACAACCAUAUGUAUACUUUGAAGAAGUGAGCUUUGGAAACCUAGUCUGAAAAACUGAACAUGACAAGUAUAUUGAGUAUUUGAUUUGAUAUGAUCGAAGCACACAAAUGGAAAAUGGAGCUCGUUCUUUUAUCUUAAAUGCUUACAGGGCAUCAACCUCUUGGAAAUGGCAAUUGGUAAAAAAAAAAUAGUGCUACUUUUGCAUCGUA